AUGGGCCUUCUAACUAACCCUAUGAGCUUUGAAGCCACUGCAGCCACGUUCUUGAUCAUAAUUUUCAUUUGCGUCAUUUGCAUCCUCCUUUUGUUGAUGGUUUUUCUACAUAAAUGUUUCCAAAUCAAAGAAGAAGAGCUAGAAACAGUUCAUCCUUGCAAUGAUAAAUCUUGUUUAGAUGAGAAGAAUGUUUCAACAGAUCAAGAAAAGAAUGGAAUUAUAAAUGUAAGACAAAUCAUGGACUUGAACAUACCCCCGCGGCCUGGCAUUCUUGUCCAGAGACAGAAUAAAGAAGAGGUAUUCCCAGCCUCUGAGGACAAACAGAAUGUAGAGGAUAAAGAAGAGGAUGAUACAGGAGAGAAGAAAGAAGAUGGCACCAAAACUGCUGGAGAGGAAGAUGAUUUGCAACGUGCAAAUUUAGUAACUGACAAAAGGCCUUUGAAAGGAGUGACGUUUUCAAAGGAAGUAAUCGUUGUGGACCUUGGGAAGAAAAAUCCUAUAUCUCGAAGCUAUUCUCGAGAACAUAAAGAGAGAAAAUGA